CAACGUUAACUGGAUCCAGAACGAGGCUGAUGAUACUGAACACCUGAUGACAAAGAUAUUUACAUCGUGAUGGAGUAAAAGAUACCGCCCUCAAAAUAGUUCCGUUUGUAACUAAAGCUGUAUUUACAAACAUUUCUCCGCCCUAACAAACUUUCGCCAUUUUAUACCAAAAUGGACCCUAACAAUAUAAAUAUUCAUCCUUCGGAGGUGACAGCCAAAAAGACAUUAAAAUGGACUUUCGGAUACAAGCAGAAGUACCAAAUAACCAACAUGGCAGCAAUAUACAACAAUGUACAGGAAACUGCCCCUGUCAAAGAUAUUGAUGGUACACUAAUCAACAGACAUAUUACGUUACCAGAAAUGCAGGAAGAUCGUUAUACUAGCACUCAAACACUUGUUCAGAAAGACAAAAAAGAGCCUAUGCCAAAUGGUGUCAUAAACCCAGCGUUUGACGGUUCAAUGGAUCCGGUAAACAUCGACGGAAAUGCCUCCUGGAGCGACACCAGUAGUGACAACAUGAAAAUAGGAGGAGAUUCAAGGGCAUCAACUCUUACUAGAAAUAUUGAAGCAGCAGCCAUUGAGGAAGAACAGCAAUCUCAGACCGAAAAUAAGUACAACACUUAUCCUCCUAAAUAUGUACAACACAAAGAUCCAAUUAUAGACAGACCCGAGGUCAAACUGCCAACCAAUAAUUCAAAGUGGGAUGUUUUUCGAGUUACAUCUAGAGACAAAGACUCAGGCAUAGAGGAUGAUUACAUUAGCAUCUUUAGAAAAAUUGUCAAGGUCAUCACAAGUAUAUUUCUUUCAAUUUUCAUCAUACUCAUGACAAUGCUCAGCAAAAGUACAUUAUUACUUAUAACUUCAAACGUUUAUAAGAAUGUGACAUUAGAUUGUGAAACUUCUCGAUCAAAAGAAGGCAUUGCAAUAGUAACAAAAUGUCGACGUGUUCCGCCUGACCUACCGCAAAGAGAAAAGUAUCAACUUUCACAGAAUGUAGAAGUUCGAUGGUUGUGGGCUUUGUUUGUUGUGAUAACGACGCCAUAUUUGUUUACAUUUUGUAAAACUUUAUGGAGGAUAUGUUUCAAGAAGACAAGACAGCCAACCCUUGCAGUUCUAGGAAUAGUUUUAGUUGUAGAAACCUUACAUUCAGUUGGAAUCUGUAUCUUUGCGUUUUAUGUGUUACCAACAAUUGAUUCGAUACGAGGUCUCUUUCUAUGCUUCGGUGUGGCUGUCGUUCCAUCGUUACUGAAACUAUUUGAUUGUCAGGGUGAAAGAGGACGUAAGUUUUACAUCGUAAUGGCAGACAUCGUCGCACUAAUAUUUCAAAUAUCGGUUUUGACACUGUGGCCAGUAAUUAGCAUACUUCGUGGUGAGAAGACAGCUGAGAGUUGGGGUAUUCUAUUGUCUCUGAUUCUUAUAUCGCUCGGUUGGUGGGAGAACUACGUUAACAAAUAUACAAAACUUGGAAAGCUUGGUGACAAGUUGAAGGAAUUGAAGAAAAAUAUUCGAAGAAUGAGAACAAAAAUUUACGCGGUUGUUAGCGCGUGGAAAAUUAUUCUAACAUUGUUGUUGAUGACUGCUCUUAUGAGUACGUUCAAAUCGUCGUGUCUUUCAGUUUUAUUUUUUCAUGGAAAUAAUAAUGCAACAGACUGCCCACAUAUGGUAUAUCCACUGUAUGUUUCUAACGUUCAAGGAGCGAGUUACUACAACGACCCAUUUUGGACCGCCAUUUUACAGAUUUUUGCUUGCCUUUUGUGUUACACACUUUCGAAAACUGCGUGUAAAAUAAUGCUACAAGUUGCGAGCUUUUCGUUACCGUUAAUGCUGGUUGCACCAAUAAUGGCAGGUGUUUUUAUGAGUGAUUGUGAAUCUUGGAAAUCUGGGAGUCAGACGAAUUCCAUAAUGCCAGAUUAUUUACAGUGGACAUGCGAUCUACAUGGAAUUUCUUAUGAUUUCCUGGAAAAGUUGAUUUCAGUUUAUUAUCUUCCGGUAGUUAUUGGAUGGUGGUUGUCCUUUAUGUGGGUGACAUUUCACAUCUGGAUUCCAAGAGUUGAAAGGCUGGUUCAGACUGAAAGGCUGUUCGUACAACCUCUGUAUUGUGGUGUAUUCUUGGAACAGUCGUUGAUGUUGAAUCGGAGACGAGAUGAUAGGGACAGAGAUUUUCGAGGAUCUGGCAAGACAAAAUUGAAGUUUAUGCCAGACAGUCCUUUGGCUAAAACUGAGGCCGGAUAUUUUGACUAUAACAGACCUUCCGUAAGGAAAAAUCCCACACCAAGGAUAUACGUAUGUGCUACUAUGUGGCACGAGACAGAGAGAGAAAUGAAGCAGAUUUUACAGUCUUUAUUCAGACUGGACAAUGAUCAAUGUGCAAGAAAGAAUGCACAGAAAUUUUUCGAUGUCGUUGAUCCUGACUAUUACGAAUUUGAAGCACAUAUUUUCUUUGAUGACGCAUUUGAGCCACAUGACGAUGAUGAGUACGAGUACCAUGUGAAUAGCUUUGUAAAACAAUUCAUGCGGGUACUGGACACUGCAGCAAGCAAAGUACAUAAUGUAAACAUAAAGCUUCCGCCUCCAACUAAAUACCCGACACCUUAUGGCGGCAGAUUGGAAUGGACCUUACCAGGAAAUAAUAAACUCAGUGCUCACCUCAAAGAUAAAGUGAAAGUACGACACAAGAAAAGAUGGAGCCAGGUUAUGUACAUGUACUAUCUACUUGGCUUCAAGCUCUUGUCAGAACCUCUAGAUUCAAAACGUAAACAGACCCUUGCUGAUAAUACAUACAUACUAGCUUUAGAUGGAGAUGUCGAUUUCAAACCUUCUGCUGUCCAAUUACUUGUUGACAGAAUGAAGAAAAAUGAAAAAGUGGGCGCGGCUUGUGGGCGUAUUCAUCCGAUUGGAACAGGACCUAUGAUAUGGUACCAGAAAUUUGAAUAUGCUGUCAGUCAUUGGCUACAAAAGUCUACUGAACACAUGAUUGGCUGUGUGUUGUGCAGCCCCGGAUGUUUCUCCUUGUUUAGAGCCUCAGCUUUAAUGGAUGACAAUGUCAUGAGGAAAUACACAUCUGUCUCAACAGAAGCCAGGCAUUAUGUUCAGUUUGAUCAAGGUGAAGAUCGUUGGUUGUGUACUCUGUUGUUACAACAAGGAUAUAGAGUGGAAUAUUCCGCCGCGGCUGAUGCUUUAACCUAUGCACCGGAAGGAUUCGACGAAUUUUAUAAUCAAAGACGAAGAUGGUCUCCAUCUACGAUGGCUAACAUACUGGAUCUUUUGGGCGAUUGGAAAAAUGUAAUGAGGCUGAAUGAAAACAUUUCCGGUCUAUAUAUAGCCUAUCAACUGCUGCUAUUUCUGUCGUCAAUGGUUACACCUGCUACUAUUUUCCUAUUGGUUGUUGGUGCACUCAACUCAGCAUUCAAAAUUAAUUUGAUAACAUCACUGUGUAUAAACUUAGUUCCAUUGCUUUUGUUUCUGAUUUCUUGUUUCACAGUCCAAAGUAAAUGGCAGCUUCUUUUUGCUGGGAUACUGUCUCUGAUCUAUGCAUUAGUGAUGAUGGUUGUUGUUGUUGGCCUCGGUUUGGAGAUGAAACUUGAAGGAAUUUGUUCACCCACCACAAUCUUCAUGAUAUUUAUAGUCGGAAUAUUCAUUAUAUCUGCAAUAUUACAUCCACAAGAAUUUUACUGUUUGCUUCAUGGAGCACUGUACUUCUUACUGAUUCCAAGCAUGUCUAUGCUGUUAAUGAUUUACUCUAUAUGUAACUUGCAUGUCGUUUCAUGGGGUACCAGGGAAAAUGCAAUAGCAGCUCAGCCGGAUAAACCAAAAACCAAAAAGCAGGACAGUAAAAUUGCAUCGAUUUUAAAUAAAUUUGCAGAUAACAAAAAUGAGGAAACCAGUAGUUAUGCCUUUUCCUUUGGGAAUUUAUUCAAGUGUUUGUGUUGUCCAAAGGAACCAGUUAAUACAGUAGAAUCUAAAUUUGCAGAAGUACUUGCAUCAAUAGAAAAUCUUGAGCAGAAAAUUGUUAAACAACAACCUAAUGAUGUGAACAAACCAGAAGCCGAGGAGAUGAUACGGAAAGCUAGUGAAAAGAAGGAAGUAGAAGCAGGCGUAAGAUAUAAUCCAAUAUUUCAACAAAAAGCGCUUCCCCAUGAAGCCGAUACGCCAUAUUGGAUUCACGAUCCUGAUAUUGGUCAUGGAAACAUUCGUUACAUUAACAAAGAAGAGAAACACUUUUGGAAGGAGCUGAUUCGCCAGUAUUUAUAUCCUCUUCAAUCUGAUGCGCAACAACAGAAAAAAAUGCAGACAGAUUUGAUACAAUUAAGAAAUAAAGCAAGCCUGAUGUUCUUUAUGUUAAAUGCCUUAUUUGUCAUCAUCAUCUUUAGUUUGCAGUAUUCAAAUGCUAUCACUGGUGCUGGCCUCACCAUUCCUCUUCCUUGUAAAGAUACCGAAGGAAAAUACUUGAAACUAGAACCUAUUUCUAUGUUUUUCAUGGCUGUGUUUGGGAUUGCGCUGCUUAUUCAGUUUAUAUCGAUGAUAUUUCACCGACUGGGUACAUUUUUGCAUAUAAUGGCGUCGACGGAAGUCAACUGUAUGAGGCCGAAUCAGAACGAGGUUGCAUCAAUGGAUAUUACAAGCAAAGUGCAACUUGUUAAGGAAAUGCAAAGGUUUGAGGAUGACGAAGAUGCCCGCUCUAUUUCAACGAUAGGUAGCGAUGGUGAAGAAGAUAGCAGUGUGACAAUGGAUGAUUCACCGAAAGUAAAACGAAAGAAAACCAUUAAAAAACUUCUGAGAAAUAAACGCAGGGACAAGCCUGUCUCUGGAAAUCUAGGUGGAAAAUUUUUGAAAAAUUUCCUUGAUUUAGCCAACGAUCUAGAAAAAGAAGGCAGUAAGAAAGAAACUUCUGUUAAGGAAGAAACAGGUCGCAAAAGGAGCAGAGGAAGCAGGAAGCGAAGUAAAAAAGCACUAAAAGCGAUUGAACUAUUGGAACAAAAUAAAGAAAAUAAAGAAAGUAUACUUACAAAAGCGGAAGCCAUUAAAGACAAAUGGCAAAAACUUGCUAAAUCAGCUCGACCAGAAAGUUCUGGUUCAGGAGACAAAUGGGGAUCUCUUCUCAGAUCCGUUAUUCACGGUCAGUCCCGAACGAGCCUCAAUACGAUAUCGGAAGAUGAUAAACGAAGUUCAUGGUUCCGAAGUAUAGGGAAAAAAAUGAAAAGGACAAAUAGCGACUUUUCUUUAUCGGACCUUGGGUCUUGGUCGAAUAGAAAUAGAUAUGCUGAACCAAUCUUAAAUAUAAUUAGUGACGAAUUAGAGCCAGUUGAUAUGGAAGUAGGUGCUACGUCAAAAAAUAUCCCAGCAUCCAAACCUGCCGAUACUUGUACAAAUGAAACAAGGGCGAUAAUCGAACGUAAAACCGAGCAGAAAAAUGAGAACAUAUACGAUACAGCAGAUUUUAUUCCAUCUGAAGUGAACAGUGACAGUGAAUCAGAUUCUGACAUUUCUGGAAUGAAGAGUGAUUCAACUUCUAAAUCAGACUCGUCACAACCCCAAAUGUCAAUUCAAUUACAAGAUAUUAAAAUGAAGUCUUCUGAAACCAAUGACAUUGGUGAACAAAAAGGUGAUACACAACUAUAAUAGUAAGACUUUUAUAUCAAUCUGGAUUUUUUGUAUACGUAGAAUCCAAUUUUGCAAUCGUAUGUACUCGGCUAUUUCCGUAAUAGAAAACAUAUACGCUAUUCAUUUUUUGAAAACCUGGAAUGAUGUUCUAGGUAUCUGAUAUUUUGCCAAACCUUUGAUAAAUAUUUUCGUCAGAUUUCGUCCUAAAAAAAUAAUUCUCCCCUUAUUUUAAAUUCAAAGCCUUCUUUUGAUUAAGUUGAAUAGCAUUAACGGAACGCGGGAACAUCAUAGCUUUGUACAUUUGUACACCAAUUUUGGUUUCUAUACUAGAGUUCAAGUGUUGUUACUGUUGAAGGAAACCAGGACACUUUAAAUUACAAUGAGAAAAAGGUGUGCAUAAUAAAAACAAAUGUUUCUAAAUUAAAUUUGAUUCUUAACCGGGUAUAUAUAAGCAUUUUAAAAGGUUUAAAAAAUUUGUUUACGCAAUGUUUAUUAAUAGUCUUUCAUUGAUUUUAUAUGAAUGCAUGUACGAAUGUUGUGUUGAUAAAAGGUAACACUAGUGUAUAGAUAUUAUAAAAUCAAUUAUUCAAUGUUUAUGAUUAGCUAUUUUGAUACAUGCACUCAGCAGCUGCAUUGUGCUUUUAAUCAUGGCGAGCUUUACAUGCUUGUUAUAUGGAAUCAUGACAACUCGGACCAAAAACAAAUCGGACCAUUUAGUAUCUCAAACAUUUAUGUAUUGAUUCAUAAUUGGCAUGAACUGUGUUUCAAACUGAUCCUAGUGGUCUUUUAUACUGGCCCAAAUUGUCUUCCUAUAUGAUUCAAGUCGUCUUAAAAUUUGUCUGAGUAGGCUUCGUCCGACUUGUCUUCGCUCCGGGCUGUCACAUAUUCAUGUAACAAAUAUAUUGUAUUUUAUAUGCGUCCAAAUUUCACAUAAGAAUCAAAUUUUGUGUUGUUGUUAUCCUUGCUGUACUUAAAAUAACAUCAUGACCCGCAGGCGGGUUUUAAGGAAGAGAUAAAAAUUUGAACGCUUAACUUUAAGUGUUGGUUACCUUGAGCAGUAACUAUAUUCCAAAUAAGUUCUCUUUAUACGGACAUAAGUGUUGAAAGUCUUUCAACACUUAUGUCCGUAUAUUAAGUUAUUGACUGGUCUAAUGCAAUACGAAGCAGUUGUUUCUUUGGAUAGUCUCUGCAUGAAUUAUUCUAACAGUAGCAAGAACCUUUCGUUUUCAAAUGCCAUGAAAGCAUCUAUGUUAACAUGUGUUUUUUAAAAAUAUAUUUAUUGUUAUGCGUAUUUAUUAUUUUGUUUUUUAUAAGCAGUAUGAAAAAGCAUUGGAAAUUCGUCAUUUUACGACAUAUCAUAUGAUUCUUGUUUUGAAUUAUAUGAAGUGAGAUCUCUUUAUCAUGAGUUCUUUUCAUCGAAACUGGUUUAAGAUUGUCACGUGAUUUAUCAUUUUUUUGUCACGUGGUUCAUCCUUUUUUUCAGUCACGUGAUUUAAUCUUAUUUUUGACACGUGAUUAACUUUAUUUUUCUAUACGUGAUUUAUCCUUUUUUUUUGUCACUUGAUAUAUCCUCUUUUCCAGUCAUGUGAUUUAUUCUUUUUUUUUGUCUCGUGAUUUAUUAAUUUUUAAGUCGCGUGAAUCAAUGUUUGCAAAUCACAUGCAUACAUAUUUUGCCUAAAAAUCAGUUAUAGCACACUAAAUGUCGAUCAAUUAGUUGUGACGAGUUGCACAAAGAACGAAUUUUAUAUCUGUGAAUUUUACUUAGCGAAUGAACUUUCAAUGCUGUAUUUAAACUGUUUGUAUAUAUUUAAAUAUUUUUGUGUUUGUUGUAACGUUAUGUAUGCAUAUCUCCAUUUAUGUAUAAAUGGCUCAGGAUAAAAGUGAUAUUGUAUUUUGAUAUUGUAGAGACGGUUGUAUGUGUAAGUUAAUUAGUUCUAACAUGGACCAUUAUUCUUUAAUGCGUGUUAGGAUUGGAGAAUCAUUUGUAUAUGAAUACAUGUAACAUGAUAUUUGUUUAUUUGUACACAAACCAUAUUUACAUAAUAAAUAUGUAUGCUUCA